CGUAUCGGUCCUCGCCUCUCCAAUCUCCCAACCUACGCCAACAUCAUCAACCGCCUCGAGUCCGACAACCUCCCUAGCCGCGCAACACCUCCAGGCGCGCCCGAAAUCUUCCGAUCCUUCCAGCGAACCUACUUGAUCGUCCACUUUCUUUGCGCCGCUGACGCUCCCGUGUGCUCCCUGUCCUUUGCGCGCGCGCGUCGCGAUCCUUUCGGGCCGCCUGCCAGACCCCCGGUCCAUCAUUCGACGCCUUCUCCCCCCGGACGCGCCGAUCGCCAGUUCCUGCGACCUCUACCUUGCUCGGCAAUAGAGACAUCCAUCCUCGAGCGAUCAUUCCGGAAUCCCCACCAGUCGACGGGCCGCCCUCGCUUUGCUGUCGUGCAAACGGUCGGUGAUGAGCGCCGGCAGCGGCACAAUUAGCUAGCGUCCGCCCGGGAUUUGUGCGACGACAUUCAGCUUGAGAUCUCUGCGCGAGGGAGGGGGAGCCUCGGUCCCAGAAUUUGUCACGAGGGUGCGUGGGUAACCGGCUCGCCCAACAUGGCUGCCGUCAUGAAGAUGGAACCCGUACAGAACGGAGUGCGCAGCACAAAUCACGACCGAAACCUCAAACUAAACGGCGUCGACGGCGGAGGCAUGGUCAAACCCGACCCGGAUGGCAAGUACUUUGCCGACGGUGCCGCCAAUAUGGACGCGGUCCAGCAGAUCCAAACGCCUGCGCAGUCAUUGCCUGCCGACAACCCUUCGAGGAUGAACGAUUUGCCCGACGAAAUCCAGCACAUCACGGAGAAUUUCCUCUCCAUCAGCCAGCUCCUGUCACGGCUAGCACAGAAAUCGCAUAACGAACUCCAGGAAAAGAUAAUAGAGUUGGCCAAGAAGCCGCUGCCCAUUGCGCCCACGCUCAACGGCCACACCGACCACAGCAAUAUCGACGACGCGUCAGUCGAGAACCUGGACAAGAAAGUCCUACUUCUCAGGUUCGCCCAGGAGCAGCACGCCAAAUGGGUCAAGGCGCUGGUUAUCACAGAAUGGAGCAAAAAGGCGGGCCUGGUCAGCAAACUGAUCGACCUAAAAGGCCACCUGCAGCAGCAGAUGAUGACGUACGACCUGGCCCUGGACAGCAUGAUGACCUGCAAGAGGAACCUGGCCUAUGCGAGGCUGCCAAGCCCUGACCUGAAGACGGCUCUUCAGGUGCUGACCACUGGAAACGCUCCCUGGCUGCCCGACUUUGGUUACAUCGAGCCUCCACCCCUAACGGCCAAGGACCAGCUGAAGUGGCUCGACGAUAUCAACACCCUGCUGUCACUGCGGUUGACCAUUGGCGAUCACGAAAAGAUACCGUACCACUUCCGAAGCUACAAGAUCAGUUCUGGCCGCGUGACGUUCACGGUUGAAGGGGAGUUCGAGGUCGAUCUCACGAUCGCGGAUGAAGACGUCGAGAAGCAGUUUUGGUUCAUUGACUUUCGCUAUUUAUUCGCCCCAUCGCCGGCCGAACUCUCGGAAACCUUUCGGCUGCACCUCGAAGUCAAGGUCAACGACAUAUUGGCGUCAGAAGGGCUCGCUGGGUGCUACAAGUACCUGCACGAGUUGGUUCUGACGCACAAGGUUAGUGAGCUGAGGAGGCAGGCGCUGCAGCUCGGGCGCAGCAGAUGGGUCGACACGCUCAAAAUCGAGCCUCUCAACCGCUCGCUGGCAAUACAGUACUGGACGUCUCGCUACCCGCCCAAUGCGCCUAAAAACUGGAUCAUCAUUGGCGUCCACAGCGGCGCCCCUCCGCCAGGGGCACAGCCACACCCAAAAUUCAAGAGCUACGUCUCGUUGCGGUGGUUUAGGAACAAUCUUGAGAUCAAGGGUGCCAACGUCCCGCUGAAUCUCGUCAGUAUCUCGACCGAGACGGUGCUCAAGGCGGUCAUCGCCCGCCAUGUCGAGCAGAUCCUCACGGCCAUCCACGCUAAGCUCCUCGAGAAGCCCAGGUUCGCUAAACGGGAGGCUUCCCUGGGGCUGCACAUCUCCAAGAUGGAGCCGACUGAAUCGCGCCUGACGAUGCAGUUCACCCAUCUCGACACGGUCACUGUUCGGAUAGACCCCAUCACUGGCCUGUAUGCACUGGAGCCCAGGCUGCGGCUGAUACCCGCUGGGGAGAAUAGCCUGAACAUGUUCGGCAAGGAUCCAGUGGUAGAGCUCGAGAGGCUACGCAAUAUCCACGCCUUGGAGGAACUGAUGCGCCGCGGAAAGAGUCUCGGCUGGCAGCCUAUCGUGAGAUCGCCCGUCAAGAUGGAAGACCUGCGAUCCAUUCUUACCAACCGCGAGGCGACUGAUGCGCUUGGCUGGUUCAAACGGCAAGGCUGGAAUCCCCAGUUCUUCCUUCUGGUCAGCCUCAGCCUCAGUGGGGAUCGGUGGUGGCUGGUCGAGCUUGGCGCCAACCAUCCAACCGGAGCGCGUAUCCGGAGCCACGUACCUCUACCAUUCACUCCAGGCCAGCCAAAUCUGGGGGAUCCGUUCUUCUCAGACCUGACCGUCUUUGUCACGGCCAUCAUCACGCAGUUGACAGACGUGCGGGAGCUUCGGUCGAGGAGAAUUCGCCACAUGACGCGCCAUAUUCCGAGCCCGAACAUGCCCCCGCGCCUCAAGCUCCCAACUAUUCUUAUCCGCCUGUCGGAGAUACUGCCGUCGGCGCGGGCACAAUUGGUAGACGCUGGGGUCGAGGGUGGGCGCACAGAGCGGCGCGGGAGGCCAUGGGCAGCCGAGAGCGUCCGUCUUCUCGUCACAGGUGUGCAACCGGCGUCCUCGGAUGAGCUUGCGUCAAGGGGCAUGUUUAGGGCUGGUGCAUCCACCCGUAAUGACCCCUACAUAUGCGUCACAGCGUCGGCGAGCGUUGUCGUACUCGACAAGAGCAAGUUCAGGCUCUUGAGCUCCAAGGUUGACCACGACGUGUCCUUCAGCCACCGGACAGGCGAGUUUUCUCUCCGCAUCCGCGCUGGCUUCGGCGAGUCCAUGAUAAGCUCGUUGGCGUCACGGCUGCAGGCGAUCGAGCGUCUGGUUGAGUUCCUCGACUCGAUCGGGAGGAACAGACAAGGUGUGGAGUGUGAGUCGAUCACGUUGCGCAAAGUUGUCUUCACGUACGCGGACCCGUCGCCACCCACGCCUCCAGUGCACAGCGAGGCGGGGGCUUCGUUAGUGAAGCCAGAAGCGCCUGUACGCAGGUGGAAGGUCUGGCUAGAUCUGCGGAAGCCGAAGUCGGUCAAGGUGGCGUUGGAACCGGACAACCCACACAUGCGGGUCCUGGACAUGCUGCAGACACUGGUCAAUGGCGAGAAGGGGCUCGAGAGCCUGCCGUUCUGGCUGCCAAUGACGCUGUCCGCCGUGCGGGGGAUGGAGGCCGUGGACGAGUCGUGGCAGCAGCUGCAAAUCAGCCGGAGAGGCAUGCUCGAGAUCUUCAACAAGACGCUCGACUGGACAACUCUGCGCUACACGCUCUCGUCAUCACCUGCACGGAGACUCAACCUGGACGUGCGUCUGCGCCAGCGUAGGGGCGAGGCCUGGUGGCACAUCUGCCGCAGCGACCGGCGGGCGGCGCCUGAGGGCGACGAGUUCGACAAGGCGCUCAAGAAGGUGUGGGAGGGCAAGGGCGUUAACUGGAAGGGCCUGUCCCGCGCGGCGGCGGGCAGGCCAGCCGCCGGAAUCGAGGAGCUGCUGCAGGUCGUGGACAAGGCGGUGAGGACGGUGCUGGAACAGCCACUCCCCGCUGCGCCUGCGCAGCACCUGCAGCAUCAGCAGUCAAUGGCGCAUCAUCCGCCACCAGCCGGCAGCCUAGGACAGACACCGCAGCAGAUCAAGGCACAGCAGAUGCAGGCGCAGCAGGCCAAGGCGCAGCAGAUACAGGCGCAACUGCAGGCACAGGCCAAGGCAAAGGCGCAAGGCAUGGUGGGCCAGGGCCUGGCGAACCACGCGAACGGUAGCAGACCACCGCACGUCCAGAGGCCGGGCGGGCAGGUGAGACAGACCAGGCCGGCCCCGCAGGCGCCCAAGGGAAAUAACGACGUGGUCGACCUGACCUAGGAGGCAAAGUCUGAGCCGGAAGAGGACGUGAAGCCCAAGGUUGAGCCGCAAGAGGACGGCCAGGUCGAGAGCGCUGAGCCGCAAGAAAGGGUGAAAGUAGAAAGCCCUGAGCUUCAAGAGGACGUCAAGCCGUCGGGCCUAGCAUAUUGACGGGAGCCCUCGAAGAAUGCCUACAUACGCCUAGACAGGAAGUUUCCUGGGGGGAUCAUCAGGCAAGGCAAAGGCGUGUUGGGGAGGGUUUUAGGCAACCUGGAGGUGGAUUUCAAAAUUAUGACGCCCCCCUAUUACAAUUUCCUAAUGUCGGCGCGGCCCUUUUUCAUGUAUUCCGCACGAACGAUACCUACGACGCGCCGCUACUAUGAGCGAUAGAUUGCGUGUCUUUUUUUGUUUUGUUUUUUCAGUGUCACCAGUAGCGGUAUUAUCUUUACCCCUUGGUGGCCGUCUGUCCGUCAUGGCCAGGCAAGCUGGGGUUGUGUGUGAUUGGGGAGACUAAAAGCAGAAAAAAGAAAAAAAAGAAGAAGAAACAUGCGCGCUCAUGUAGAGUGUCGAGAUAAUUAUUGAUGCCACAUAAAAUACAACAAAAGUGCGUUUUA